AUGCGUCCUCUCAAGGAAAUCCGCCAGGAAGCAAGGAGAAUGAAGAAACAGAACCCCGCCGGCAUGCCCGAUACAAUCACAAGCCUCAAAGCCGAGUUCGUGCAAUUACUCGCUGAAUGCAAACAGCUUAAUUCAAAGCUUGCCGACAACUCUGCUGUCUGGGCCGAGCUGAAGAAGAAGCGAGCGGAAUGCGCUGAGAAGUAUAUCCUUCAUGGAAGGCUGUCAGCGAUUUGCAGGGAACUCGUGCAAGUGGCUAGAGCGGACAGGGAGGCGAGGAUGGAGAGAAAGAGGGGCAGGGAGGCUGGCGAGGAUGAUGACGAGGUGGAGGUGACGAAGAAGCUGAAGGCGGAGUUUGAGAUCGAAGAGGCGUUUGAGAGAGCUCGGAGUGAGGUGAGGGAGGUGGGAGUCGAAGUCGAGACGGAAAUGGAAAUGGAAAUGGAGGAUGCGGGCACCGAUGAGGAGGCAGUGAUAUGA